AUGGCCAACGCUUGCGCCCACCAAUUCCGAAUGAUCAAGUCGGACAACACUCUUGUCCAGUGGAUCUGCCAGCACUGUCGGUCCGGUCCUCACUGGAUGAUCUGGGAGUGCACCUAUUGCAAGCUUCAUCUAUGCCGACCUUGCACGCAGUCUGCUUAA